ACGUGACGUCAUUUCCUGAGGGAAAACAGCUACCCCGCAAUCUUUCGGACCGGGAGAGUAUCAGUUACACUUACCUUCACAAACAUAAGGUGGAUGGGCCACACUGCGGCGUAGAAGAUGGAUAUUUCAAAACACAAAGCUGUUCAAUGAUAACGGCUGAGGCUAGAGGACUUUUUCACGGGCGGAAUAUCAAUUAAUGUGCGACUGGACAAACAACUCUAACUGAACAUGCUGAGCUUCCUUCGCCGGACUCUUGGCCGGCGGUCCAUCCGCAAACACGCUGAGAAAACUCGACUCCGGGAAGCCCAGCGAGCCACUACACACAUCCCUGCUGCUGGAGAUGCCAAGUCCAUCAUCACCUGCCGAGUGUCUUUGUUAGAUGGCACAGACGUCAGUGUCGAAUUGCCGAAAAAAGCCAAAGGUGCAGAGCUGUUUGAACAGAUCAUGUAUCACCUGGACGUUGUCGAGAAGGAUUACUUUGGCCUGCGCUUCAUGGAUUCAGCCCAAGUCCCGCACUGGCUUGAUGUCACCAAAAGCAUCAAAAAGCAAGUCAAAAUUGGACCACCGUAUUGCCUCCAUAUGAGAGUAAAGUUCUACUCCUCAGAGCCCAACAACUUACACGAGGAGCUAACAAGGUACCUUUUUGUACUACAGCUAAAACAGGAUAUUCUCAGUGGCAAGUUAGAGUGCCCAUUCGACACAGCAGUGGAGUUGGCUGCAUAUGCUUUACAAGCUGAAUUGGGUGAUUGUGACCCUGCUGAGCACGGACUUGACCUGGUGUCAGAAUUCCGCUUCAUCCCAAACCAGACGGAAGAUAUGGAAGCAUCCAUCUACAACAUGUGGAAGGAGUGCAGGGGUCAGACGCCAGCACAAGCUGAGAUAAACUACCUAAAUAAGGCCAAAUGGCUGGAGAUGUAUGGAGUGGACAUGCAUAUGGUCAAGGCACGAGACGGAAAUGAAUACAGCCUAGGUCUGACCCCCACCGGAGUGCUUGUGUUUGAGGGGGAAACUAAGAUUGGCCUGUUUUUCUGGCCCAAGAUCACGCGUCUGGACUUUAAGAAAAGCAAACUCACCCUGGUGGUAGUGGAGGAUGAUGAACAGGUAAUGCAGGAGACAGAAGAGGGGAAAGAACAGGAGCACACGUUUGUUUUCCGCAUGGACCAUCCGAAAGCUUGCAAGCACCUGUGGAAGUGUGCCGUAGAGCACCAUGCCUUCUUCCGCCUACGUGGCCCAGUCCAGAAGAGUUCAGCCCGCUCUGGGUUCAUACGCAUGGGCUCACGUUUCAGAUACAGCGGGAAGACAGAAUAUCAGACAACUAAGGCCAACAAAGCUAGACGAUCUUCCUCGUUUGAAAGAAGACCAAGUCGGCGUUACUCUAGAAGGACCAUGCAGAACAGAGGUCCUAACAAAUUUUCAGAUAACCACAAUAACGGAGUGAGCCCAAGAUUAGAAACAAAGCCCUUCCAAACACGGCCUCCCUGGUCCGGUAUGCCUGUGGUCAGCAGCCCACCCUCUGCACCAGGCCCUAUGGAAAUCGAAACCCUCCCCAGGAGCCCCGGAGGCAGCCAAUCGGACAAGAGGAGUAUGCCCUUGGUGACUGACCUCUUGGAGACAAGCGUAGAUGAGGUUCUUCGGGCCCCUGUCCCCAUGGUGACUGCAGAAGAUGUGGGAGCAGGUGCUGCUCAUACCACCGCCAGCACAGCCGCAGAGGAGACCCUCUCUCUGACCGAGGCUGCAGCUCGGCUCAAGCAACUAGAGAUUGAAAACACUCCAGUGUCUGCUCCAGCCAGAACAAACGUUAACCUCAUCAUGAACAACCAGGAGGAAGUGGCGAAACUGACAGAGAAAAGUUUGAAUAGCGAGGGCAGCAGUCCUGUCCUGAACCAGCUCAGAUGUCCUGAGGAGCUCAAGAGCAACAUCCUGAAAGCUCAGGCAGAAGCAGCCCUCAAGGAUUCUAGAGAUGAGAUUGGACUGACUCAAGACAAGAACUGUAACCUGCAGGAGGCAGCAGCCAGACUGAUGGGUCGUGGGGGGCGUAUGGGAAGCACAUCCUCCCUGCCAGUGAGUGGGAGAGCGGAGCGCCAGGAGUCCUGGGACCUGCUCAAGCAGCCUGGCCUGCUGCCCCGCUCUACCUGCAGCCUGGAAGAGAAGGCAGAUGACUUUAUCUCUUCUGUGCCGCUUCUGUCAUCGGAUCCAGUGAAUGAAGCCCAGUCAUCCAAGGUCAAAGUUCAGGAUCCUGAGCCGCUGACAGCCCCUCUGACUGAUAACCUGAUAGACUUCACAGACCCCAUCCCUGUAGUGCCAGCUCCCAAACCCACAAUUACUCCUCGAUGGAUCAUUCCAGCUUCAGCACAUAUAACUGGCACCUUUACUAACGGCCUCCUUGACUGUACAGCAAAGAUGUCAUCAUCUCACCAUCCUGAAGGGGCCACUAUCUCCUCACUCCCCCAUCUCUCUCACACUCACAAUGUGAUUGCCACAAGUAUUGUGGCUCACCCAAUCAAGGACAACAACCACAAGCCCAAAGGCCUGCUGACCACUGAACUCUGAGAGCGAAAUCUUGAGCACAUGCCCAGCACCUGUCACUGGACCAUCAAAAGCCCUGAGAGUGCAGCCACAGACAACUGGACUCUGGGCAGGCAUGGGGUUGCUGGCUUUUGACAGAUGGCAUCCGUGAAGCAAGAUCUCAGCGCUGAUGACCAAGAAUAAAAGUAGUGAUCUAAGGUGCACAAAGGGCUAACAACAGGGUCCAGUGUUUGGGGACCACCAUUCCUUUUAUAACUUUUAUAGCUCUUUUGAGUGACUCUAUACUGAAGCACAUGAAUGAUCCAGUCCAGUGUUGUGAUGGGAUGUUUGAUCAUCUAGAAUGUGUGAUCCACCUGCUGUCCUCUUCCUGUUUAGAUCUUCUCUGAUUGGAUGACUGUGAAAGAGCUUCAUUGCAUCAUUUACUGUUUUUAGAACUGGAGUAGUUUUUCCUACAAAAAAAAUCUAUUUUUUAAGCUUUUUUGCCUUUCUCUUGCUCAGCUUUCUAUGUUUUUAUGAAGUAGCUGCAUUCAUUAUUACACUUUUAGGUACUGUACUCUAAACUGCAGUUGUUAGCGCACUAAUGUGUAGCUGUGGGCAACUACAUUGAUGAAGUCACUGAACCGAGAUUUGCUGUUUGAACGUUUUAUCAGUGCUGUUUUUAUUCAAACAUAAUAGUUAUGAUCUGCCUUAUUUUAAAAGCUCAUGUAAGAUUUUAAAUAUACAUGGACAAAUUACAACAUAACAUGUUUCUACUGUGUAAUGUUUAGUUGAAAUAUUUCACUGGGUGUUCUGUGUAGUAUGUAAGUGCAGUUUUUAAGUGUGCUUCGCUGUGUUGUUAGAUGUUAUGUGUGAGACAGGAGCAGCUGAGACCUCUGUCACCCACUGGCUCAAAGACUUGGACCAUGUAAACAAACUGAACUGUUAUUCACUGUGAUACUGUGUCAAUUGUUACUGCUUUCAUGGACCCUUCCUUCUCCACUACCAGUUCCACAAGCAUUUGCUGCUAUUUUUCAGUACACUGAAAAAUACAUCAUUGGUAUAAUCACUGGAUCUGAAAUCACUGGGAUCAAAGGUUUGGAGGUCUUAUUUGAAAUUAGUAUGUAGUUAAAUCUUGUAAAUAGUUAUUCGUCCGUUGUUUAUAUGGUCUGCCAGCUCUGACUUGCCUGUUCUAAAGUUCUUGACUUUAGUGGAAGUGCUCAAUCUAGUAUCCUUUGAUAUGCUUAUCAUUUUGUUCUCUAAGUCUCACACUGUAGGCUUAUUUACAUACAGAAUAUAAAUGAUCUGUAGAUGUCACAGCAAUGAUCUGUUUAUAUCAAUACACUGACUGUAAGCCCUGUCAUUUUGUAUAAUGUGAUAUUCCACAAGUAAAAGAUAUUUUAACAUA